AUCUAUUCAGCAGUGAGACCGUUGGUAGCCUUUCUAAUUGUCCAAACACCGAUCUAGCCAUCGUCUCACAGAAUUUAUUCUGCUUGCAAUCGCAGCAUCUCCUGCAACAGCAUCAGCAAUUGCAACAACAAUUACAACAGCAGCAGCAACAUCAACAACAACAUUUCAUUCAUCCAUUUAAUUUAGACCAGUAUCAACAGCAUCUACUACAGAAUCAACAACAUCACCAUCGUCUACAGCAGCCGACUGAUUACCACCAACAUCACCACCACCAUCACCACCACCACCAGAUGGAUGUGACGAAUGGGAUCGAGCAGAUAGAUGCCAUCAACGGAAGUAUCCACCAUCAUCAGGUCAUCAGUUCCAUGUAUAGGGACUCCAGGACUGCGCCUCUGAGAAAGAUGAGUGUCGACCUUAUUAAGACAUAUAAGCACAUCAAUGAGGUGUACUACCACAGAAAGAGGACUCGAUCUGAGAAGAAGGCGAAGGAGAAGGCUGCAGCAGCCAUGGCAAAUGAAGUGUUGAAGGUCCGACAGAAUGCACAGAAUGACAAUUCGCAGUUUAACAGUGGCUACGAUGAUGAGAAUCAUGAUUAUAUCGUCACCCAGGGUGAGCUCUGGUUGGACAGGUACCAGAUUGAUUCGGUCAUCGGGAAGGGAUCGUUUGGACAGGUUGUUAAAGCUUAUGACACACUUGAGCUCGAGCAUGUGGCCAUCAAAAUCAUCAAGAACAAGAAGCCGUUUUUCAAUCAGGCGCAGAUUGAAGUUUCACUGCUCGAACUUAUGAACAGACAAGAAAUUGAUUCUAAAAAUUACAUCGUUCGGUUGAAGGGACACUUCCAAUAUCGUAACCAUCUAUGUCUCGUAUUCGAGCUACUGUCCUACAACCUCUACGACCUUUUACGCAACACAAACUUUCGAGGAGUGUCCUUGAACUUGACCCGAAAAUUUGCCCAACAACUCUGCAUGGCCCUGAGGUUCCUCUCGCUGCCUGGUCUGAACAUUAUACAUUGCGAUUUGAAACCGGAAAAUAUUCUUCUCUGCAAUCCUAAACGUUCAUCUAUCAAGAUUGUCGACUUCGGCAGUUCUUGCAAAAUAGGAAAUCGGAUAUACCAGUACAUACAGUCUCGAUUCUAUAGGUCUCCUGAAGUUUUGCUCGGUUUGGCAUACGAUAUGGCUAUCGACAUGUGGAGUCUGGGAUGCAUUCUUGUGGAAAUGCACGUGGGAGAGCCACUCUUUGCUGGCAGUAAUGAGUAUGACCAAAUGAUGAAAAUUGUUGAAGUCCUAGGCAUUCCUCCCAAGGAGAUGCUUGACAUGGCUCCGAAGACAUCAAAAUUUUUUGAAAAAACAAUCACCGGUGAUUAUGUUCCAAAAAUUUCGAGUGACAAGCAUUUACCUCCCGGGACACGCUUGCUUAAAAGAGUUUUGGGAGUAGAGACAGGUGGACCUGAAGGCCGACGAAGGGGAGAAAAUGGCCAUACAGUUCGGGAUUACCUCAAGUUCCAGGAUUUAGUCAGUCGCAUGCUUGACUACGACCCAAAAACUCGCAUCACCCCGUUGUAUGCGCUGCAACACACCUUCUUCAAACAGCCGCAGAAUGAUGUCGCAGCAUCAGGUGACCCGUCAUCCUUCAGCAGCAACAGCAACUCUAUUGCUGCAGUUGAAAACAAUGUACUUCCUAUCAACUCACUUGCUUCCAACAUGUUUCAGCAACAGCAGCAAUUGCAAUAUCACCAACAACAGUUGCAACAACAGCAAAUACAACAGCUACAACUGCAACAGUUACAACAGCAUCAAAAUUCUCACAUUACAUCAAGCGCUGCAGUCAAUCACAUAUGUAACUAGGAUUGGUGUACAGUGUAAAAGUGCAUGUACACAGAGCAAUCAAAUAGAAGACCUCAUCGUUACGUGUGCAGUGCAACAGUUGUACCAUUGAAUAACCUCAGCUCAUUGCACAGUUUGACAUCUUCCAGUAGUAUCUGCAUCUGCCUCCAUCCGUGGAGACA